AAACCAAAUAAACUAUGCUGUCCUAAUCAAACUUUCCUACUUGUAACAGUUUAUCCCAACACUAUUCUUCAUAAUAUCUUCCACAGAAUAACCAAUUCUCACAAAUUACUACGAAUCAAAGUGGCAAAAAGGUAACUGCUGCAUCUGCUAGAGCUCACACCAGAAAAUCCAAGACCAACACCCCAGUUCACUUUCCUUCAACUAUGAUUGCACAAAUAGUAGUAGCAACAACGGUUGGAGUUCUGGGAUGGGCUUAUUUGGCUUUACUUAAACCUCCCCCUCCAAAAGUUUGUGGCUCACCAGGUGGUCCUCCGGUGACUUCGCCAAGGGUCCAACUCAGUGAUGGGAGAUAUUUAGCCUACAAAGAGGGUGGCGUUGCCAAGGAGAAGGCAAAGCACAAGAUCAUUAUUGUUCAUGGCUUUGAUAGUUCCAAAGACUUGAUGUUACCGAUAUCCCAAGACUUAAUAGAAGAGCUUCAAAUAUAUAUUCUGCAAUAUGAUCGUGCUGGUUAUGGAGAGAGUGAUCCACAUCCAAAGCGCUCAGUAAAGAGUGAAGCGUUUGACGUUGAGGAGCUAGCUGAUAAGUUGCAACUAGGACCCAAGUUCUAUGUGCUUGGCUUGUCCAUGGGAGCGUAUUGUGUGUGGAGUUGCCUAAAGUACAUACCGAAUAGGCUGGCCGGAGUUGCCCUUGUUGUUCCAUUUGUAAAUUACUGGUGGUCCUGUUAUCCCUCUAAACUGUCAAAAGAAGCUCUCAGGAAGAUGCUUUCAGAAGAUCAACGAACAUUUCGGAUUGCACAUUAUGCCCCAUGGCUGGUUCAUUGGUGGAUGAACCAAAAGUGGUUCCGUGCUUUAAGUAUGAAGGAAGGGAACAUGGCGAUAUUUAGUCCUCCAGAUCUAGAAAUGGUGAAGCAGUUAUCCUCUGCCCCUAGUCCCGGUCAGGAGAAGGUACGACAGCAGGGAGAGUUUGAAUGUUUGUAUCGAGACCUGAUAGUUGGUUUCGGAAGCUGGGACUUUGCUCCAACGGAUAUCAAAAAUCCUUUUCCAGAUAACGAAGGUUCGGUCCAUAUUUGGCAAGGAUACGAUGACAGAAUUAUUCCAUGGGAACUCAAUCGUUAUCUAGCAGCGAAGCUCCGUUGGAUUCAAUAUCAUGAGAUUCCUAAUGCUGGACAUUUGUUAAUUUACAAUGAUAGUUAUUGUGAAACCAUCUUGAGGAAACUUUUCACUAGUUGAAUGAAGAGAAAAUAUAUUUAUGUAAUAAAGCAUGUAUUUGUGUAAGGGGCGCCUUGGAGGCUUGGAGCAACUGUGACCUGUAAGUAGUAAGGAAGUAUAACUACUUAUGCUAAUUGGGGUGCAGCCUUUCCCUAGCUCCUGCUAGCAUUGGAUGCUUUGUGCACCGGGCUUUCCCUUUUCACAUAUAUUUGUGGCCAAGAUGGUAACUUGCAAUAUUCUGACGAGCAACUUAAGUGACAAUUGUGAACUUCAUGAGCAUAUGUAAUAAAUAAAUAUGAAGUGAAAAUUUGCUACUUAUUCUACUGUUUCAGCCAA